CUCACAAUUGCGCUGCUGAUAAUUCUGCACAGCUUAUGUAGGGUGAACCAUUCUUCGUAAUUUCUUCAGUGAGUUGGUCAAAUUCAUUCUCCUUUUAAUAAAGAUUUUCGGUUUCUUUUUCUGAGUUUAGUCAGAUACUCUGCAAAAAUGGGUAUGGCCAUCUCAAGACUAGUAAGGAUGUUGUUUGCAAAGCGUGACAUGAGAAUUUUAAUGGUUGGUCUUGAUGCUGCUGGAAAGACAACCAUCCUCUACAAACUGAAGCUUGGAGAGAUCGUUACUAAAGCGCGACGUUUAGGUUUUAAUGUAGAAACAGUGGAAUACAAAAAUGUUAGCUUCACUGUAUGGGAUGUGGGAGGCCAAGACAAGAUUCGACCUUUAUGGAGACACUACUUUCAGAACACUCAAGGGCUCAUAUUUGUGAUCGACAGCAAUGACAGAGAACGAAUAGUAGAAGCCAGAGACGAGAUCCAUCGAAUGUUGAGUGAGGAAGAACUACGUGAUGCCACACUGCUGGUUUUCGCCAAUAAACAAGACCUUCCCAAUGCAAUGAGUGUUGCAGAGAUCACAGAUAAACUUGGCCUGCACUCACUUCGUCUACGCCGUUGGUACAUCCAAAGUGCUUGUGCUACAUCUGGCGAAGGACUCUACGAAGGUCUUGAUUGGUUAUCCAACAAUAUUUCUACCAAGGCAAGCAAAAACUAA